AGUCUCUCGAUGGGAAUGUGUGUCAACUGGGGAUUGUGGGAAAUGUAGUUUUAUCGUUGAAUCCUCUUUGCGCAUUCACAGGACUUGCUUUACAUCCAGCUGCUCUUGAUUUGCCCCGACUACAAUCCCAGAAUGCGCGACGUUGGGAUACAUGGCGGAGAGCAAUGACUGAGGAGUUCGAUGAAGAUGUGGUGUUCCAGGUGAGAACUCCCCCCUGUUCCAGUACCUUCAGGAUCUAGGACACACCGACUUCGAGGCGUGUGCUCCCGUUUCCCAGGACGAGGAUGACCGGGCCGAAGCUGAGGGGGCGUGUCUACGAGACACCCCGCCCCCUCCGAAAGAGAGCUGGGUCAGGAAGCUUAUGGGAGCUGUGCGUCGCCUGAGUCUGGUCUUCAGCACUAACGCAGCGGAGCAACAUGAACGACAACUGGAUGCAGAGUUUCGGCGCUACGCGCUGCGGUGUGUGUUGUCGCAGGACGUCCUGCUUCAGGAGGACAUUGAGCUCAUCGAGCUGCUGGAUCCCAGCAUCCUCUCUCUGGGAUCAGCUACUUCUGCCUGCCCCAGUGUGGACACGGCCUUCCCCAGACCCCAACUACUGGCCAAGCCCACUGUCUGGGAUAUCUCGAUCCUGGUGUGUUUGGCGGCUGUCCUAGCGGCAGCGUGUGUGUGUGACGACUUCGGCCUGCCUGCGUGGGCGUGUGUGUUGUGCCUGAGUGUGUGUGUGGUGCUGCGGUGCUCGGCUCUGAGGCGGCGGGCGCGGCAGCAGAAGUGUGUGUGGGAGCAGUGUGUGUGCGUGGAGCGUCUGGUGACGGAGGCCCGCACGCUGACCAGUGUGUGCCGGAAAUCUCUCCGAUUGGUUCAGGAGACGGAGGUCAUCUACCGGGGGUUCACCCUUUUGCUCGACAGGGUUAGCGGCGCCUGUCCCUUCAACAGAGCGGGGCCUGCGCGCCAGGCACAGCAGCUGAUUGGCCUACGCAAGGCAGCCUAUCAGAGCCUGCGCUCCGCCUUCCGAGGCUCCCGCCUCGCCACCUGCAUCAUGCUCAAGACGUUCCCUCUGUCGUCUGAGAUGGAUAAUGUGGUGAACUACGUGUCCAGUGUACCAAUCAAAGAGCUCGGCUUGGGCCUGGGGCCAGAGCAUCUCACAGACGACCAGGUGCAGGAACUCACCGAUGACUACAGCCUGCCAGCACUGAAGAUGCUGUUCCAGUUGUGGGUGGGACAAAGCUCUGAAUUCUUCCGGCGAUUGGCUCUCCUGCUGUCGCCGGGGAGACAGGAGGACUCCAGUCUCAUCAUGCAUGGGUCCAUCACCACGGUGACCCGCCCACUCCAGCACACCCUGAGUGGUUGCCUGGGCGACCUACAGCGCAGCUACGACUUCCACCGCUACUUCGAGAUGCAGCUUCAGUCACAGAACGAGAGGUCGCACUCACACACACGCCAGAGGUGUCACGAGCUCAACACCCUCCACUCUUCCGUCCGAAGCCUGCAGCUUCACCUGAAAACACUCCUCAACGAGGUGAUCAUCCUGGAGGAUGAGCUGGAGAAGUUGAUGGUGGCCAAGGAGACGGUUGCCAUGACGGUGGCAGGGUACCAGGAGCUCCAGGAGCGCCUGACCCUCCUGCAGCCGCACAUGCAGGCCAGCAGCGGCAUCUGGGACGACACGCUCGCACAGGUGGACAAGAUGCUCCGCAGGGCCACCAACUGCACAGGUUCAUCAGGUUCUCCAGAUAGUUCAGAGGACUCCUCCCCACCUGUUCCUGAGCCCAUCAUUCGGUCGGUGAGCCAAAUCGCAGACAAAGACCCAGUGCCAGAGGAGCAGGAGUUGGAAGCAUAUGUGUCUGAUUCGGACUCGGAACCAGAUUGUGGGUUGUCAUUGUUGUCGCCGUGGGAACGGGAGCGCAUGAGGAGAGAGGGGGAGGAGUCUCGGCGGGUUCUUCUUGAACUGAAAUCAGUGCUCGGGUUCCGUGCCUCUGAGACGGAAAGACACAAACGACAAGUGCUGCUCUUCAAUGAGCAAGCUGCUGUGAAGCCUGUUGCUGGGGAAACAUCGGAACCAAACAACCAGACGGAACCUUCCGAGCCAGACGUUUCCACGGGCAACCACGUCGCUAUACAACAGGAAGAGGAAGGAGAGAGAGAAGCAAAGGAGGAGAGGAAAGAGGGGGAGGAAGGAGGAGGAGGAGUGGAGGAGAAAGAGGAGAGGCAUCUGGAGGAGGUCAAAGAGGAGUCGACGGAGUUCAGCUGCGGUGUGUCCACAACGGUCGCCGACGCCGACGCGGAGCAACAGAACGGAGAGGCGCAGCUCUUUCAGUUCGACGGGACGAUGGAGGAGGAGGAGGGGUCAGGGGACGGACCGCACGCCCUGGUGCCGCGGAUCCCCGCCCUGACGGUGAUGGACAGACUGACGGAGAUGCACGGCGCCGAAACGCUCAGCUUCAGCUCGGCCAUCGCCGCCCAGGUGGCCGCUCGCUCACACACCUUCACAAACAUGCAGGAACACACCUUCGGCGAUUCGGAGGAGGAUGAGGACGAGGAGGAGGAGGAGGAAGAGGAGAGGGAAGGGAGGAUGACUGAAAGACAAGACGAAAACGAGUAGAGAAUCUGUGCGGCUUUGAGAAAGAAACAUGAAAAGUAAAACAGACAAAAACAAACAAAAUGUACAGCCUGCCUAUUUAUCGCUACGUUUAUUUUGUCUUUUAUUUAUUGGAGAGGAGCCUGAGGUUUGUUUUUAAGGUUUUAUGGUUUGUUUUUUGUUUGUUAGUUUUUUCUUUUUUCUUUUUAACUUUCCUAUCAGGACCAGUGCAUUUUCAUAAACAUUAUUCAUAAACACACACACACACACACAGAAGCGGAUAUAGGAAGAUGUGCACAGACACGUGCAUACACACACACACACACACACACACACACACACACACACACACACACACACUCUCACAUGCCCACCUAUUUUACCUUAUGCACACACACUGUUACACACAGGCACUCUCAUCUCCAUCCAGACACAUACGGGUCUCGCUCACAGCACCCCUCCGAUGUCUCAGAUAACCACCAUGCCCCCCACUCCCACACUCCUCCGUCCUGUUAGAUGAGAUUACUCACAUUUAUUUUUCCUUUUCUAUGCUUCACUGAUAAAAAUGUAACGUGUGUCUGUGCGUAUGGACACACCUACUCAAGGAAGAGGAGGUCGUUUGAGUGUGAGGGCACUUCUGCAGGAAGUGAUGUGGUCAUGAGACCACAGGGACAGGAAGUAUUUGAGGUAAGAGGUCAUGCCUACAGGAAGUGAUCUGGAUGUAAACACACAACACUUUCAGGAAGUUGUCCCACUCCCUGCUGUACCAGGAUCAGUGGUUGAGAAUGUUGGAACUUUCUGGAACCCUAUAAAACUGAAUGUGCGAGUGCACCUGCUUUGCAUGUAGUCAUGCUCUGUGAGGGCGGGGUUUGCCUUUAUGAACCAAUCAGCGCAAUGUUAAGGAGAAGUGAUGCAUUAUGGGAGCAUUUCAGAACAGCAGUAGUGUUGCAGUUGAAUACUGACUUUUUUUGAAGGUCAAAACUCGACUUUCUCAAACAUUCAACAAUGAAAGGCAGAAUAAACAUAAUGAACAAAUCCCUCCUCUUUGUUGAUGUAAGAUUUGUGGGUUACACUUUACUUGACAGUAUCGACAUAAGAGUGACAUGACACCGUCAUGAACGUGUCAUAAAUAAGACUUGUUUUUUGUCAUAACAAGUUUUUUCACGACAGUGUCAUGUCACUCUUAUGUCGAUACUGUCAAGUAAAGUGUUACCGAUUUGUGUAUUGAGGAAUGUUUCAAUACAUGUAG